UGGUGUUGAAGAGAGAGUGUGACUACCUGGAGAUGAGCAAACAAAACAAGAGAGUGUAAAGAGGAGCUGAGCUGAGAGCUGUGAGGGAGGAACACGCCCACUCAAUAAUGACAUCCUCCAACCCCGCCCACAAACCUGCUGAGUUGUAUCGAGCUGACCUCAUCAGUGCCAUGAAGCUCCCAGACUCCACCCCCCUAGAGCCGGGAUCAUUCCUCACUAUACGAGAGCCAUGGCGGACAGAGUGGGAGUUCGGAGUACAGGUGUGUGUGAGCCCAGGUCACAUCCCAGGGCCUCAGUCAAGUCGAGUGGAGACUGUGUCUACAGAGAGAACAGGAGACUUUGAGCUCCCCGAGGCCAAGCUGUGUGAGGGAACAGGGGAGUAUCCUAUGUAUGACCUUGAUGAGCUGGACCUCAACUGGCUGACUGCUGUGAACCAAAAGAGGAAGUUUAGAGCAUUGGCUGGUAUCAAUGGACUCUCAGAAGAGACACUCAGAGAAGCCCUCAUUGCUCUGGAAACAAAGUGUCAACAGGGCAUGGCUCGAGCUAUCACCACUCAGGAGAACCUUGGCAUAGAGUACGAUGAGCAAACUGUGUGUGAUGUCUGUCAGGAUCACGAGAGUGAGGAGUCCAAUGACAUGAUAUUCUGUGACUCCUGUAAUGUGUGUGUUCACCAGGCCUGCUAUGGUGUCACUAGUGUCCCUAGAGGGAGCUGGCUGUGUAAAGUGUGCUCCUCUGGAGUCGUGUCCCCUGACUGUGCGUUGUGUUUCAACAAGGGGGGUGCACUCAAGAGAGUGCGUCCUGGCAACCACCAGUGGGCACACAUCAGCUGUGCUCUGUGGAUACCAGAGGUGCGGUUAGGCAAUGUGGACAGAAUGGAGCCCAUCACCAACAUCGAGGCUGUCCCAUUAAGUAGAUGGAACUUGACGUGUUGCCUGUGCAAGAAGAAGCAGGGAGCUUGUGUACAGUGCUGUCAUCCGUCAUGUGUGAUAGCGUAUCAUGUGACCUGCGGCUUUAGCGGUGGCCUCAUCAUGAAGAGCAAACUGGACAUGAUCAACAAUACUGUCAUACACGAGUCAUUUUGUCCCAAGCACACGGCGGUACGUCGAUCGCCACACUCCUCCCCCCGCAAACAUGGGUCGUCACGGCAACCAUCGCAGCUGAUUCAACUCCAGGAGACCUUCCACGAGUACGCAGACUCAGAGCACCUCACAAAGACUCUCAAGACACCUCCAAAACUAGCCGCCCUCAUUUAUAACUACUGGAAACUCAAGAGACGGUCUCAGCACAAUCGCACUCUGUUGUCAGACCUGCCCAUCGAGACAGCCCUGGAGAGUGUCAAGGAGAUGUCGGGCACUGCAGCCAGAAGUGCUCUCAGAGCUGACGAGGAUUAUAUGAAAAUUGUACACAUUCGACAGAAUCUUGAAAAGGCCCGUAACUUGAUCUAUAUGGUCCAAAGGAGGGAGAGACUGAAGAAACAGCUACUCUACAACACAUCUCACUCCUGGGAGCUGGAGGCCAAAGCUCUGGACUCACCAGCAAUACAGCUCAGCAUCAGGGGUCCGACUACUGCCCCUCCUCCUGACGAGACUAGCAAUGGACCCACUUGCAGCUCCUCCUCUCAAAAGAACUCUAAACCUAAACUGCGUAACGGGUUUGAUAGUACCCCCCCAGGCAAAGUGAUGGUAGUGACAGGCCCACAUCUGAGACACAGACCAUACACACUCCACAGACUAGCUAGCACAGAACCUUCAUGACAUGCAUGGCUCUAUUUUGUUGUCUCUCUGUUUUUAUAGUCACACAUGUUGUGCACACAUGCUGUGCUUAUUUUGCACUAUAAACUGUUGUUGCGUGAAC